CUGAACACAUUAGACAGCCCCUUCACUUCCUCUCUCUUUUUGUGUGCAAAGAAAAUAACUAGGAGUUGCUACCUUCCCCUACAGUCCCUUCUCAGCUCUCUCUUUCUUGUUCUACAAAGAUGGACGACCCAUCAGACACCAUUGUUGAAAUCAAAGAAGAGCUCAUGGUUUCAUCAAUGGGUGGAAACCCAACUCUCAGAAUUGCCCAUUUUCUCACACCCACUAUCAAAGGUCCAGUCUUUAACCUCCCACCAUUCCCUCCCUCUUCCAUUCCACCAUAUAUUGAGCCGCACAAAAAACUGCCUCUGAGAGUCUCAUUCUGGGGGUGGCGAUACCCGCGAGAUAAUUGGAAAACAUGGGUGGAAAAGAUGGCUACUUUGCACGAAACUACAUGGAAGAAAGCUGGCAUAUACGAAGCAGUCUUGAAUUCCACGUACGAAAUAGUCAGAGACAAUGAUUUAGUAUUUGGGGUUGCUGAGAAAUGGUGUUCUGAGACCAAUACCUUCAUAUUUCCCUGGGGUGAAAUAACAAUCACAUUGGAAGAUACAAUGGUUUUGGGAGGUUUUUCUGUUUUGGGCGACUCUGUUUUAUGCUCUGUUGACUGUAAAGAACUGAAGGAGACAGAAGAGAGACUUGAAGAAGCAAGGAGAGAGAUUGCAAGAACUAUAAGAAAGAAGGCUGACAAAGCCUUAUGGAUGAAGAAAUUCAUGCAUAGUGGGAGUGAAGUCGAGCACGAAGCAUUUCUCGCCUGUUGGUUGUCAAGGUACGUAUUCAUAACCACUAGGGACUCAAUUAGCAAGCAUCUUUUUCCUAUUGCAAUUCAACUAGCUAGAGGGACAAGAAUUGCACUUGCGCCCGCAGUUCUUGCCAGCAUUUAUAGAGACUUGAGUUUGUUCAAAGAAAAAAUGAUUGCUUCAUCUAAAUUAGUAUCUUGUAAGGAUGAUGAAGAUGGUGUUUUGCAACUUACCAUUUUUUCACCGUUUCAUUUAGUUCAGAUUUGGGCUUGGGAGAGAUUUUUAGAGUUGCGGCCAAACCCAAAUGUUAUCAAUUAUGGUGAGCCGAGAAUAGCUAGAUGGAACAAAGUAAUUAGCCACGAAGUUGAGAAUGUGAGGCUGGCUUUAGACUCGGCUGGAGAGAGUUUCCAAUGGCGUCCUUAUACCUUGAUUGUUAAUGACUGCAAAUUUCCCAAGUUUUAUGCAGAAAAGGAAAAGUACAUAUCAGUUGGUCCUGGUUUGGAUGAGGAAUUGCAGUCAUUUGCUAGAUGCUUAAGGGUGGCUGAGCUAGUUGGGCUUGGUUGUAUAGAACAGUACCUUCCGCAUAGAGUAGCAAUGCAAUUUGGAAUGGAUCAAGACCUUCCGGUUUGUGUUCCUCGAUUAGAUGAGACUCCAGAGAUUGCUUGGAAUUAUUAUAGUAAGCCGGCAUGUAAUAUGAAAUUAUAUGUUCCACCCCGGCUUUUUGAGGCAGAUGUUACUGUCAGGUACUUGGAGUGGUGGAAGCAAUCAAUUCUUGGUCAGCAUGACGCAAGUAAUGGAGCUGUGCAACAACAGAGAGAACCAAGGGGUUUGAAAAGACCUUCAAAGAGUUCAAAUAAACAACCUAAGAAGUUGAAAGGAAAGAGGAAAUUUAACGAUCUUCACGUUACUCCCGGUUUUUCUCCCAAGUUUAAUAGGGUGGGAGUGGAGAAUUGUAAUGAUGAAGAUGGGCUAACCAUUGCAGAAAGGAUGAAAUUUACUGACAAGCGCAAAAAAUUUGCAAAUAGCCAGGGAAAACAGCAUGGUGAAGCUGGGAAUUCAUUCAGUCAUUGUAAAUGUCUUUCAUCUUCUACUUCUGAUUAUGGGCCUUUUAGAAAAUUGUGGAAGAAAGAUGUAGCAAAGGGUGUUGCAGAUUGUCAGAGAGAUUCAAAUUGUUCAAAACAAUCAUCAAAGAAUUCAAAAGGGCAUAUGAGUGGCAAUGAUGCCUCUGUUCCUCCUGGUCUCCCUCCCAAAUGUAAUAGGGUUCAUAUAGAAGACUCUGAUGAGGAAGAUAAAUUAACUGUGAAGGAACUAUUGAGAUCUUGUGACAUUAAUAGUGGAGUUGGGAAUGGAAUUUCGGGUAAUGGAAAACCUCUAUCGGAUCUUCACAUUACUCCUGGUUUUAAUCCCAAGUUUAAUAGGGUGGGAGUGGAGAAUUGUAAUGAUGAAGAUGGGCUAACCAUAACAGAAAGGAUGAAAUUUACUGACAAGCAUAAGAAGUUUACGAAUAGCCAGGGAAAACAGCAUGGUGAAGCUGGGAAUUCGUUCAGUUAUUUUGAAUGUCUUUCAUCUUCUACUUCUAAUAAUUGCCCUGUUAGAAAAUUGGGGAAGAAAGAGGUAGCAAAGGGUGUUGCAGAUUGUCAAAGAGAUUCAAAUAGUUCAAGACAAUCAUCAAAGAGUUCAAAAAGGAUUAUGAGUGGCAACAAUGCCUCUGUUCCUCCUGGUUUCCCUCCCAAAUGUAAUAGAGUUAAUAUAGAGGACUCUGAUGAGGAAGAUAAAUUAACAGUGAAGGAGCUAUUGAGAUCUUGUAACAUUAAUAAUGGAGUUGUGAACAGAAUUUCGGGUGAUGGAAAACCUCUAUCAGCUGCUAAAUCUCAUGUCUUAUCAUCAUUAACUACAGAGAAUGGAAAAGAUAGAAUGAUUGAGUCUCUAAUGGAAGCUGUUAGGAAAAUUAAGCAUGGUGAAGUUGUGAUAGUGAAUGCAGAAGGAUCUAUGGAAGAUACAACCGAGAGGAAGGAAGAGUGUGAAGCACUCUCUAUGGAAGGCACCAAUGUUAAUGAAGGUGAAAGGAGUAGAUCUUGUGCAUUUGAGAUGCCAGGGUUGGAAAUUGAAGAACGGAUACGCAAGCUUGAGAAAGUGACUGCUGAACGAGUUAAAAGCAACAAAGUUUGGCUACAAGUUUGAGAAAAAUCCAAACCAAAGAAGGACUCUCUGGCCUAUAGUGCAGCAUCUGGUUACAGUUUGGUCUCAACACAGACUUAUACAUAUCAGGCGAGCUUUGGCGAGCUUAAAUUUGACAAAACUCAAAAUAUGAAUUGGUGGUGCUUUGUCUAUAACAUUAGUGGUAGUCUGGUGAACUAGUCAGAUUUGAUUGAAUGUAGCCCCUAUGUAUAUUACAAUACAGAAAUAUUUGACUUCUAUAUUUAGUGGCUCUUGAAAAAA